AUGAAACAACCUUCUGGCUUCAUACAUCCAGACUUUCCUCACCAUGUCUGCAAAUUAGCUAAAGCUAUUUAUGGUCUAAAACAGGCUCCGCGUGCAUGGUUUCAUCGCUUUAGUACAUUCCUUCUUUCUCAUGGUUUUAUUUGCAGCAAAUCUGAUGCUUCAAUGUUUAUUCAUCGUUCCUCAUCAGGUAUUCUUAUUUUAUUACUUUAUGUUGACGAUAUUAUUCUCACUGGCAAUCAUUCUUCCCUCCUUAAUCGGUUCAUUAGUCUUUUUUCCCGUCAGUUUGCUAUGAAAGACUUAGGUGAUCUCCAUUAUUUUCUUGGUGUUCAAGCUGUUUGCUCAUCUCAUGGUCUCCAUUUAUCUCAGCAGAAGUACAUUUCUGAUUUGCUUCUUAAGUUUCACAUUCAUACAUGUAAGCCUGUACGUACCCCUAUUGCUUUUCAUAGUUCUGUUUCUCUCAUGGAUGGUGAAUUACUUUCAGAUCCUAGUGAAUAUAGGAACAUGGUGGGUGCUCUUCAAUAUUUGACUAUGACUCGUCCAGAUAUUGCCUAUGCUGUCAAUGUUGUAUCUCAGUUCAUGCAUGCUCCUCGUACUACUCAUUUGCAUUGCGUGAAGCGCAUUUUCAAGAAUUUACAGGGUACUCUUAAGUAUGGACUGUUCUUGCGUGCCUCUUCUUCAAUUUCAAUGGUGGUUGCUUACUCUGAUGUUGAUUGGGCCGGCUGUCCCGAUAGUUGGCGUUCUACUAUUGGGUUUGCUGUCUUCUUGGGUUCCAAUUUGAUUUCUUGGCGUGCAAAGAAACAACCAACAGUCUCAAGAUCAUCUACAGAGGCCGAGUACAGUGCUAUUGCUUAUACUGUAGAUGAAACCUCUUAG